CGAAUGCAGCAGUGUGUGAUGCCGGGAAAGUGGAGAACUGGAGAAGUCUGUGUAUCAGAGGCCACUUCUUUGUAGUAUUUUAUUUUAGUUAAGGUCAUAAUAUAGGAUUUCAGUGUAUUUUGUUUGUUGUACUAGACUCGACACAUCAACCUGCAUUUCCUGUGUAAUUUUCGCUGGCGUUGAAAGAUGCGGAGCGUGGAAGAGGUGCAAACAACUUUGCAGAUAGCUAAGCUAAACCCCGAUGAAUUGUAUCCGGUCACUCAGUGUUUAUCCUUCAGAGAAAAUGUCUCAUCUGGGGAUUUUUGUUUAAUGGAGUUGGAUGAAACUCUGUGCAAGUACGUAGAGACUGGGAAAAGCCUUGUUAUCCGGGGAGAUAAAAAUGAGCAUGCUGUAUUGUGCAGUGCAGAUGAAACAUAUGAGCUGAAAAUAGCCGAUACAUCAAAUCUGCUGCUGUUUAUCCCUAAUGGAAGAACACUUGAUAAUUUCAGUGAAGAUCUUUCUGGUCACAAAAUAAUUCAUUCUCAGGUUUAUGGUUUUUCAAAUUGCUAUUGGGAACUAAGGAAAUGUCGACCAAAGUUGAAAAAGCUAAAAAAGCUUCUUUUGGAAAACCAGUAUGAAGGACACUGUAUCAAGGAAGAACAUAGUUCAGCAAAGUAUACAACAUCCGACUUACUUCAGCAAAUUCAGGCAAGUGAAGAGGAACUACUGAACCAGCUACAGGUUUUACAUGCCUGUGAGAUAAAUGGAUACUGGAGCAUUCUGGAAUUAAAUUAUGAAAUGAAGUUGUUGAGUCAUAUUACUCAACUGAUUGAUGCAGAGUCAUGGUCAUUCUGUAAAGUCCCUCUCCGUAUUUGCCUACAAGAACUUGGGACACUGGAGCCUCAGGAGAUGAUUGAACAUUGCCUAAACUGCUAUGGAGAUCGGUAUAUAGAUGCAGAUGGAGACAUUUUUUUUGCAUUAAAUGAAGAUAAAGUUUGUCGGGCAAUAGCAGAAUCCCUUCUACAGAAUGCUAUUAAGUUCAACCUGUCAGAGUUUCAAGAAGUUUGGCGACAAAGUGUUCCAGAAGGCAUGAAAACACAAAUGGAUCAGCUCAAGGGUCUGGCACUUAUUGAUCAUACGUCCAAACCAGAAGCUAUUUCUUUGCUCAAAGUUGAAGAUUUACCAGAAGAUACUCAAGAAAGAUUUAAUUGUCUCUUUGGAAUCAGAGAAAAAUGGUCGGAAGCAGAUAUUGUACCAUAUAUACAGGAUUUAUGCAGUGAGAAACAAACAGGAGCACUUCUUACAAAACAUGCACGAAGUUCUAUUCAAAAUGGCACUAAAGUCUACAAUUCAAGAAGACUGAUGACAACUUAAUUAUUGGUAUAGCAGCUGAUAUCCAAAUAUUCAAUGCUGAUGUUUUAUGUAGUUUGAAAUUCAAUUUAUUCUUAUCUCUGUUUUCUUAAAAAAUGUUUUGUUUAAAAUGGUGAUUGUUAAUUGUUUGUCUAAAUAAAGUUGUGACGUCGCUAUUGUAAA